AUGACAACCAACUUCCUCUCAGACCUGGUACAAUACCAGCGACUGUUCCAAAUGAUCGUUGUGUUAGGAGUGGGUGGAAACUUCCUUAUUGGCUUCCAGGUUUCUGUGAUCACCUAUCCUUCUGAGAUCUAUUUCUAUGCCUUUGAAGUUUUCCGUACAGCCAAGCUAGAUGACAUUCUUAUACCCUAUGUAGCACUAGGAGUUGGUACCUGUGAAUUUAUCUCUGUGAUCCUAUGUGAUCAGUUCCCUUGGUUGUCCUACUGCAGCAUCACCCUCAUCUUCUUGUUCGUGAUCUGUUAUGGACUUGGUCCAUGCGGCGGUGUCAUCUCUGUCAUGGUAGAGAUUUUCAGUCAGUCAGCAAGAGCAUCAGCAUUUGUCAUUGUGGGCACCACGAGCUGGAUGUGCCUCACUGUGGUUGGGAUGGGUUUCCCCUUUGUUGUGGAGCUCCUCGGCCCCUUCUGCUUCCUCAUCUUUCUAGCAGUGCUCAUUGUGGUACAGGGCAAUCCGUGCUGCUUCUGUUUCGUGACCUGUACCAUUAUCCAUGAAGGCUCAGGAAUGUUCUUCUUCUACCCGUCCCUUCUAGAGACAGGAGGGAAAUCAAUUGUGGACAUCGCAGAAUUUGAAGUUAUCACCUAUUGGUGGAAAAAACUCAUUGCUAUUCAGUACCGAGGCCUAUUUCAGAUGAUUCUAGUGCUAGGAAUAGGCGGAAGCUUCCCUUAUGGGUUCCAUAUUUCGGUAAUCAACUACCCCUCUUCGUAUAUUAAAACUUUUAUCAAUGAAACCUGGAUGGAGCGGCAUGGCUUGCCCCUCUCUCAAGAGACUAUCCUCUUAAUGUGGUCCUUCCUCGUGUCCAUCUAUGGCUUAGGAGGCCUGCUAGGAAGUAUUUGCUGUGGGUACCUUACCACAAAAUAUAGGAAAAAGAAGUGCCAGAUGUUCACCAACUUGAUCAUGCUGGUUGCUGCACUGUUCAUGGCUUUUAGCAAGAUGGCCAGAUCCUUUGAGAUGAUCUUCGUUGGGCGCUUCCUUUGUGGAAUUGGCAUUGGAUUUUCUUUCAACAUACACCCUCAAUAUGUGGGAGAGAUUUCACCCAAGAAGCUGCGUGGUUUUACAAAUGCCACAGUGGCUGUUUUUUUGACCCUGGGCAAAGUCUCAGGGCAAGUUAUUGGCCUCAGGGAAAUAUUAGGAAGCGAAUCUCUAUGGCCUUUACUGCUGGCUUUUACUGGAUUCACAACAGUGAUUCAGCUGGUUACUCUCCCUUGCUUUCCUGAUUCCCCACCAUACCUUUUGAUACAGAAGGGCAACGAAGAAGCCUUCAAGAAAGCCAUCAAGCAGCUCUGGGGCGAAGGUGACCAUCAAGCUGAGAUCGAGGACAUAAAAAAGGAGAAGGCAGCCAUGGCGAGCUCCAAAAGUCUGCGGGUUCUUGAAGUUAUGAAGACCCAGUCCUUGCGCUGGCAGCUCUAUGUGAUGAUCACCGUCAUGACCACGUUGCAGCUCUGUGGCAUCAAUGCAAUCUACUUUUACUCCUUUGAAGUCUUACGCACGGCCAAGUUUGAAGAACCCCUCAUCCCAUACAUAUCUUUGGGUGUUGGUAUUUGUGAAUGCAUCUCAUCCAUAUUGUGUAGCUCCCUUAUUGAGCGUUUUGGCCGGAAGGUGCUGCUGUGGGGAGGCUAUGCAUUGAUGGUUUUGGUGCUUGCUCUACUUACACUGACUCUCUCACUCCAACAUCGCUUCUUUUGGAUGCACUACUUCAGUGUCAUUCUCAUCUUCUUGUUCGUUCUCUUCUAUGGGAUUGGACCAUCCGGCGCCACAAUUUCCGUCAUGGUUGAGAUCUUCAGUCAGGCCUUCCGCCCCUCAGCCUUUGUGAUCGUGGGGUUUAUCAACUGGAUGGGUCUCUUUCUGCUUGGGAUGAUCUUCCCGUUCCUUGUGGAAUAUCUUGGACCCUUUUGCUUCCUGAUUUUCAUGGGAAUUCUUGCUGUUUCAGGAGUAUUUAUCUACCUGUUCCUGCCAGAAACAAAGGGGAAAUCCAUCAUGGAAAUUACACUGGCAUUUGAUAAGUUAAAUUACAGAAAGAAGAAAGCUUUUCCUACAGAGAACAGUUUUCCUAAUACAACAGUAUUUUGCACCAAGCUUUGA